AUGCAUCAACAUCCCCGAUCAUCGGCGGUGCCCUCUCCGGCGCCAAACUUCCCCCUCAGACCGACAGCUCGGGAUGACCGCAAAGAACAAGAAACCGCCCCGAGCUCCCCAACCGUCGAGAUGGGAUCUAAUUCUACAAGGGGGCUGGGGAUAGAGCCGGGGCCUCAGCCGUCUGAGCAGGGGAGGAGUGCGGCACUGGGAAAGGAGGCCCUGACCCGGUUAAAUCAAAUAAUAUCGAAUUAUCAUACAAAAGCUGCUUUGAUUAUCCUGCACUCACGAGUUGUACUGCCUCCCUCCUAUAACAAGGGCUCUGAGUCCCCAAGAGUCAACCGCUGGUUCAAUGUUGAAUUAGACGAUACAGAUGCCCUUCGGGAACCCCUACGACCUUGGAGAACAUGCGAUGCAACGGACAAUCGACCACCACCCCUCGUUAUUGAAACAUACCUAGACACAAAGGGUCUCACAAAUAAUCAAAGUUUGGUGAUUCUUGAUGAGAAUGGGAAGCGUUGGGAUGUGCGCGAAUCGCUCGCGGCGCUUGCGGGCACCCGUGCAAAGCCCUACCAAUCGAAAAAUGACGAGAUUAUAUUGGAGCGGUGGAGAAUCGAGUUGGGAGAGUCCUCAAGUAGGCUUCCGGCGGAUUUGGGCUCUAUUUUGCCGACUGUGUAUAAGAAAAGCAUUGUGCUCUUCCGAUCCUUAUUUACCUACUCCAAAUUCUUGCCUGCAUGGAGAUUCUCUAAACGCAACAAAAAGUUGCGGCAGAGUCCGGCUCUCCAAAUCAAGUACCGUGUGGUAGAUGGAAGCGCUGCUCCUGAUGACCUCUCGCUGGAUCAUUUGACAGCCCCGUUGAGUGAGGGAAGCGAAAAAGUGGUUGACACCUACGGCUUUGGGGUCACAGAGUCGCCCGCAGGUCCCUUUUCAGUUCAAGUCACGUAUCGGACGAACUGCGAUUUCCGCGUUGACGACUCGGAAGCGCUCCUGAGCUCGCGAUUCAUGGGAGCCGACGACGAGAUCUUUCGGCCAUCGUUGCCUUCAGAUGAUACCAACCGCCCAAAUCCUGAAGUUGGUUCUGUGCCAGUGGAGAGGAGGACCGUUGAAAAUCCAGAUUGCACACGUGCAUACGGCAGCCUCUCGACCUUCCAUCAGGUUGGCCCAACAACAGGUGCAAGUCCUAUAUCAGCACUUCGUGCAAUGAGAGAUUCGGGCGCGGGGUCUCCAUCCCCGACCGACUCACCUAAGAGACUCCUUCCCCCUGCCAAAGUCGUUCCUUCAGGACGCGCUGCGCAGAUUGCUGGCGAAGGUGUGUCUCCCCGUAACUUGUCUUCACGCAUGCCCACAGGAACGUCUGCCGAUUCGCGUGUUAUGCCACCCCCUUCUUCUGCUGCUUCAGCGCGCAGACCUAUAACCAUUGCCUCCGAGCAAGCUAUAUCAUUCUCUAAUUCCGCAUCCCCCAAACCUGCUCCGAUAUCCCGGUACAGCAGUUCCUUCAGUCACCGACGAGGUCGCCUUUCUGCGGGGGCAAACAGACUGGAAGACGACAACUCCAGUGGCCGAGCCAGUGCGACAUCAUCCAAUGCACAACCCGGGUCCGGCCUACUCACAGAAGCUACAGGCACGAGUGCGGAAUCCAUUCAUGCAGAUGACGAGAAUAUAUCAGAUUUCUUAAAGAUGCUUGAUUCGAAGAAGGACCUAAUGAAUUCAUCUACCUCCGCAUCUAUUCAGCCUGGCUCUAGGCAGCCGAACCCCACUGCAGCAGCCCUGGCCCGCUUCCGCGGUAUGCGAGAUUCCAAUGCCGCGUUGUCCGACUCGAUGUCACAGUCUAUGCAUAUGCAUCGGUCUUCCAUUUCUUCGAGCAAGCAACUAUCAGGAGUCCCGCCAAUGGUUGCGGGCACCUCCAUCUCCACAGCUUCUUCUCCUGGGAAACCCAUAUCUCCUCAUACUCCCCACACUCCUGCUAUCCGCUCUCGGCUGAGUUCGAACAGCGUUGCGGAUGAUAUCGAAACCGACCACCGCUCAAGAAUCCCUCGUAUACAGCACGACUCGCCGCUGGAAGAACAUCCUGGCAUGGAAACUACGCGAGGACCUUCCUCUACCGCAGGUGCUAUCGAUAUCCCAACAUCGCCGCGGAUUUUCGACCCUAACUACCGUCGCUCGAGCUCUGCAGCUCUGCGCCGGCCGAUAGUUACAAGCGAAGAUGAUGAAAUCUUCCCAUUCGGCAUGCGCAGCCUCAGUCUGGGGGCCGACGAGCCCUCAAACACCGCUCCGAGCGCUACUCAACGGCAGAACGAGUCCCAGAAAAACCAACAAUCACCGGCUGAGGACCCAAGUGGCCCAUCAGGCUCUGCCACGGGCCCGUAUCGGGACAGUGCAUCCCUCCGCGGGCAGAUGUCUGGACCAACCAGCGCCUCAGUCUCCUCCAACCCCCAUGUCUACCAGCCCCGAUUCGCCAGCUCCCGUGGCCGCGGCUACUCAGGUGGGCAUUCCCUCAGCUCGGCAUCGAGCAGCCUCGCCCGGGGCGCUAAUCUCGCCCCGCAUCUGGCGGAACGUGACCAGGACCGCGAUGGCAACGCCAGCGGAAGCAACAGCGGAAACUCCACGUUAGAGAUCCGUCGAGGCUCUGCACAGCGACCAGGCACGGGUCGGACGCUGUCCGCACAAGCUCCAGAUGACGACGAGCCGCUGCUUUUCGCCAUGAGUGAUUUCGGCGCCUCGCGGCGCAGCCUUGAUGAAGGUAGACAUGGGAAUCACGGUGGGGCUGAAUCAGCCGCUGGGUCCCGGCGUGGUAGUGGGAGACGGGGAGCAGGGCUCCCGGGCUUCCAUGUUUGGUCGUGA